AUGGAGCAACUCAAUGCCACUGUGGUCAGCACUAACCUUUCUUCUACAGAACAUCCAACAUUACCCUCCUGGAAAGCAGGUGGUCUGGUUUCUGUGGUCAUAUGUAUCUUCUGCUUUCUACUGGGAGUUCCUGGAAACAUCGCAGUGAUUCUUCUCAAGCCUAACUGGCAGAAUCUGUCCAGUCUGAGCCGGACUUUGAUGCUAAAUCUUUCUGUGUCUGACCUGUUGUGUCUGGUGACUCUUCCGAUUUGGGCAUACAGUAUUCUCUAUGGAUGGAUAUUCCAGCUAGCAGCCUGUAAGCUUCUAGCUUAUCUUGUGUACUGCAGCAUUCAUGGCAGCCUGCUGACUAUAACUACGUUAAGCGUCCACCGAUACCUGACUGUGGUGCGUCGGCAGAAGUGCAAUCAGGUGCAGAAAAGAGUGCUGCUGGUUCUUCUCUGGCUGGUUGCUCUCAUCCUUUCCAUCCCUGUUUUGGUGGUCCGACAGCUGAAAACAAAUCAGCAGUCAGCACACUGUCGAUCUCAGUUCACCUCUGAGACACAGUGGGUGGUUCUGUUGCUACUGGAGAGCCUGUUUGGAUUUGUUUGUUUUUCUUUAGUGUGUUGUACAUAUAUUCGCUUGCACAGGAAGGUUAAGCAGACAGCUCUUUUCAACCACCCACAGACAACCCAACUGGUGAUCAGCAUCAUCGUGAGCUUCUUUGUCCUGUGGAUUCCCUAUCAUACGAUAAACCUGCUGGCUGUGGCAGCUAUAAGUCUACAACAUGUGGACUUGUUAAACUUUUGCACGGACCAACAGGAACUUGCUGUUUCACUUACAUUUCUGCACAGUUGUCUGAAUCCACUCCUGUAUGCCUUUUCUUCUCCUAAAAUGUGCACCGUCUGCAAGCAAACUGCACCAAACUAA